AUGUCGCAUCCCGGCUUGCUCAGCUGGGCAAAUUCUGUCCGCAUGACAAUGGCAAGUGAUCCAGGCCGCCAGCUCUUCAAGGAUCAAGUUCAGACCCAUGGAUUUCUGUUCCUCGAUGACUACCUCGACAAUAUUAUUUCAGGUGCUAAGCAAGACCCUCUCAUAGAGCUUGUAAAGACUCCUGGACGUAAGAAGGCAAUUGCCAAGAAGCCCAAAUUAAUGUCCUCCAAGUUGGCUACCGUUGUGUCAGUAUCAUUGGAGGAUGAUGUAGCAAGUGAGAAUACCGCUCCAGCUAAUGAUCUUCAGAAGGCGUUGUUCGCAGCGAAGCUUGUCGAGGUCAACACGCACAACAUCGCUAAAGCGGAGAAGAAGGCCCCCGCCAACAUUGUAGAUGGCAAACCAGUGAGAACUGCUCUGGCUCCAAUCCAGCUCUCAAGUUCUUUGUCUCUGCCCACCCCGCAUACUACGCAACAUUCAUCGCUCCUAGAACCGACUGCGCCCCCUUCAGCUGAGCACAACGAUCUUUCCAUCAUCGCAGAAGACGAGGAACCGGUCGAGCGCAUUCGAUUCUCAACAACUGGACCUGCUGACACACCAUCUAUCAUGAAAUCCCACCCUGAACCCGCGCAACCCAUCGAGUCAUCCAGCAUGUUACCGCCAUUGCUAGUUCCGCAGGAUUCUAUCUCUGCCUCGACGUAUACCUUCCAUUCCAUCCCUCCGGAUUCUCCGUCUGGCAACAAAUAUGAUACCGCGGAUACUGGUGUCCCGUGCAAUGUAGAAGUGCCUAUCGAGGAGAGCGAUACAGGAUUAUUGCCGUCGCGUCCUCUGAAUCACCUUCAAGGCCACGAAAUGACGAACACACCCGAUACUUUGCACGCAAACGACAAGUUGAAUGCGAAGUCUUCUGCCUCAUUAUUCCCAACUCUCCCGGAGCCUAUGCCAUUGCGUAAACCUGCCCUUGACCAUUCCAUGAACGCGGUAAUGUUAGGUGCCGCGACUCCCGGCGCAACCGCAGGAAAGCGCACUUCGUGGCUUAUGAAAGCAAGAGAGGUCAAGGCACUUGAAGGUACGACGAAGAGGGCUCCCCUUCCGUCUAUAAGCUCUAUCUUUGCAUCUGCCCUAUCACUUCCGCAAGGCACUAAGAGAAAGAGCGGGGAUGCGUUUUUCGCACCCCUUUCGGGUUUGGAAGAGGAAGAACGUCAACAAAAGGUUUCUAAGAUUGUUGAAGGAGAAUCGGCCUCACGAAAAUCACAAGAUGUCCAGGGCCAAGACGCUGAGCAACUGAAACAUCGGCCUCAGGUCGAGGAGCGGACUGGCGACGCACAGGAGGAGAAUGGUGUCUUGGAUCUCCUCAAGAAGACUGUUGAGGGCCUUGGACGCACGAGCAAAACGUUGGGCAAGAGUUUGGGAGGAGGCGCUGCGACCGCUCUCGCUGAAGCAAGGGCAGCUGCCGAGGCCAAAAUCGCAGAACGAGAUCGCAAGGAGGAGGAAAUGACCAUGGCAAUAGGCCUUGCUGCUGCAAAGGCAUCUGGGCCUUCUCAAACCGUUGAGCCCGUAGCUCCCACCCGUCUCAACGAGGGACGAAUGAGUGUCUCGGACCUAUUUCCAGCGGAGGGUCGUGUUAAAGAGAAACAUAAAGCGCCUGAAAAGGUCUUUUCAUUUGCUCCCAAGCUACCAACCACACUUUGCCAGCAGGAAGGGGUCACUCGAAUGAGCACGUCGACUACUCCUCCAAAUUCGCCCCCCCCGCUGCAAGUUCGAUCAAACAGCUUUAGCGCUGCAAAUGCUCCUGUUUUCAACAAGCCCCCUCCCGUUUUUGUUCCACCUGUUCAGCCCACAGCUGCUGAAAAAUCUAUCCCUCUAACCGCCACUGGCGCCUCGGCGUUCUACCCGGCGUCGAAAUCUAGUAUUCUAAGUUCGAUGGCUAUCGGCCUUUCACCUCGUCUGCCUUCUCCAAAGGGCAAAUCACCCGUACCUCUCACUUCUCAUUCAACAUUGGAGAGCGUACAGUCUGACGUCGUUUUUGACCAUAACAACCACAUUCCAGCAUGGAUGCCAAGCACGCAAGAAACUGAAUACACUUCCGGCUUCACGAAUACGCAAUCGCAACCCCAGACUCAGAUUUGCGACGAAGAUGACAGCUGGCCUGUUGACGAGAAAUUGGCCGUCGGCGUUCAGUGGACCUUCGGUGCUUCAAAGGAAGAUAGUAUGACAUGGAGUACCCUUCCUUCUCAGAGUCAGCGAGGUGAAACCGGUCCUGUCACCAGAACGUCACCGAUUAGAGAAGAAAGGAGCGCCAAAGAGGACGCCACAAAAAACAGCAGCAGGAUACCUGGGGCUUUUGAGGACGUCCAGAUGGACGAGGCAGACAUUGCGGAAGAACUAAUUCCUCGGGACAAAGAACUCGAGGAGAUUGUUCUGGGUUCUUCGAAGGCUAAUAACGAUGUUUCAGAGUUGAAGUUACCAAGGAGUCAGAGUCAAUUAUCCAUGGCCUCAUCAGAGUCAUCCCAAUCACAGAUCGGGUUUCUGGGGCAGGCAAGCAAGUUGCUUAGCAGUGCUUUGGGAACUAGCAAGAAGAAGCAACCUGAGGUCAAGAAGGUCCUCCAGAUGGCGGCUGUAGCAGCGAAGAAGCAACAAGAAGAGGCCGAUAAGAAGGCUGCCCGUCUUAAAGAAAUGGAAAGUCGAAGGCAGCAAGCUUCACAACGCAAGGCUGAAGAAGAGAAAGCCAAGGUGUUGGAAGAAGAACGCAAAUUGAAGGAGGAAUCCGAGCGGCGGAAGAGGGAAAGAGAGGAGCUGACAGAUAAACGGCCUCUCAAGCCAGCAGGUAGUAAAAAGGAGGAUGAGUCGCAGAAGAAACGGAAAGUCGAGGCCGAGAAGAAGCCUGAGAUCAAGAAGCCUGCACCCAGCAUUCUCCUUGGCAAGUCCCACCUUAAGAACUCCGUCAAGCAACCGGCGGGGCAUAUCGCUGCUCAACCAUCUUCGUCGACGACCCCUGCUACACACCAACCCACGAAGUCUCAUCCUGAGCCGUCUACCUCGCUGCUGAAAGGAAAGAUGCCCCAGAAGAUUCUAGAGGACGACGUCUCGCAACCUUCACAGUUAGUUCAAUCCCAGAUGGCCGCUCGAGCCAAGGCCCAGAUUGAUGCAGCUAAACCUACCAUCUCGAGCGAGAGCAUCGAGCUUCCCGACAUCAACAGCGAGUAUUCGGAUUCCGAGGACGAAGACCGUGUGCGGACGUUCGAUCCUCCAGACUGGGCUCAAUCACCUGAGCUUCGGCAACAAUUGGAGAUGCAGAGCACGAUUAACCCCGAUGAAAUCUUCGGAGCCUCACUAUUACUAAUACUCAAACCAGUUUCUUUGCACGUGGUCAAUCUGGGAACGGGGUCACGCGUCAGCGAUCUUGGCUUGAACCCCUUCUACCAACUGGCAACAACCACUUCCUUGUCUUAUCGAAUCCUGCUGAGCACCUGUUCAACACAUCCCUUCCUUUCUCUUUUUAUGGCCUCCUCAUCGUAUCCAUCGUCACCAGAAUUCGACCCCGAACCGGUUCAAGAACCCUACUCAUUCAAAGAUGCCACAAAUGACGAAGUGUUCGAGGAACUUUCAAGUCGAUUCAUUCUCAAUCUUCCGGAGGAGGAAAUGAAUUCUCAAGCGCGGUUAUGUUUUCAAGUGGAGCAAGCUCACUGGUAUUAUGAAGACUUUGUCCGUGAAACGAAUCCCAGUUUUCAACAACUGUCCUUUAAGAAGUUCCUCGCUAAGCUGAUAGAGUAUUGUCCUGUGUUGCAUCAAAUUGAAGACUCCGAAAGGGCCGUUGCAGACUUCAUGGAAUAUAAGAAACAAGUGCCUGUUUGUGGGGCAAUAAUGCUCAAUCCUCCUAUGGAUAAAUGCGUGUUAGUGAAGGGAUGGAAAGCUUCAUCUGGCUGGGGAUUUCCGAAAGGAAAGAUCAACGAAACAGAACCUCCUCACCUUUGUGCAAUAAGAGAAGUACUCGAAGAAACCGGCUAUAACCUAGCGGGCCAAUUAGACCAAGAUACGCCGUGCCUCAAGGUUAUCUUGCAUGAACAGCUGAUUCGUCUAUAUGUCGUUGCCGGAAUUCCUGAGGACUAUCCUUUUCAAACCAAGACGCGAAAAGAAAUUAGCAAAAUCGACUGGUUCAAGCUGACGGAUCUGCCAACUUGGAAACGGAACAAGCAGGGAGGUAGCAAAUUCUAUAUGGUCACGCCGUUCAUAGGGCCUCUGAAGAAGACAAUCAACACCUUGCGUGGAAAUGGAUCUCUGCGGAAUAUGAAACCACAGAAAUCCUCAAAAGCACAUCCCCAAGCAUCCAGAUCUGAACCUCCAGCGAAUGCCACCUCUCAGGAUUCCACUUUGCAGGCAUCUUCUGACAGCAACCAGGUGUAUCCGCCCCACCCCCAGCAAUCGGUGCCCGUUUCGAAAACUGCUGAAGACAAGAUCCAGCUCAAUGGCCAGCUUGCCCAGCUGCUGAGUGGCUUGAAGCUCUCCGCCAUGUCCGCAGACAAGGGCAAGGAAACCGAGGUUGACGCCAAUAAAGCCAAUCCAGUCGCCGAAUCAUCUGCUGCCCACUUGGACGAUUCUGCAACGUUGCCUACCGUUUCUCAACGAUUACCUCAACCCUCCGAGCAGCCUGCUCUAUCGCCCCCACGUACUACAUCUGCGAAAUCAGAGUCUUCUCAUCCCUCAGCCCCCCUCGUUGUUCCAACAAACCUGAAAGAAGUGCAAUCCUCACAAUCCUCACAAUCCUUGACGUACAGCACAACGUCGUCUGGAAAUCUAGCCCCUGCCUCCCAGUCUGCUCGCGUUGGCGUAAAAUCACCGUUACCCCCCACCACCUCACCCACAUUGAGUAGCUCUCGCAGGACUUCGUCUACUGCAGAUAUUUCACCAUAUCUUUCUCGAGCAAAAGAGGUCCCGACUUCAGCCAAAAUUCUGAAACAAAUAUCGUUGCUCGAGACGGUGGCUGAUGAGUCAGCACGACUUGCCCCAAUUAUUGCAGCGCGUGCUGCAAUGGCGAGCCGAGGAGCCUUUCCUUCAGCGUAUCCCCUGCCAACGUCUUCUGUCCCACCUCCUUCCGUUCCGCCUCAGUUGCCUUUCGCAAACUCGCGAGACAUGGGUGUUCUCUACUCCUCGGCACAUCCAGGACUUCCUGCAAGCGCAGCUGGCUUUCACCCUCAUAUACCUGUAGAAAAUCCCGCAUUCGGCAAUCCAGAUCCCUUUCAAGUCCGUUCGCGAACCAGUCAGGCUGUUCACCGUACAUCCAUGCACAACCCGACAGGGAGUGUCAGUAUGAACCAAAACCACCUGCUGUCAGCUAUCAACAGUGCUCGUGUCGGCCCUGUCAGCCCUGUCGGUGCCCAGUUCUACCCGCAACCACUGCCAUUACAUGCCUAUCCUGCUGGCCCCAUGCACCACCCUCCUGCUCUUCCUCCUCGAGCACCUCCCCUAGGACAUACAAUGCACGGAUACGCCCCUCUCCAACCCCUCAGCAUUCCGCCCUAUCCAACCACCAACCUAAGCAUGCCACCUAACAUGAGCGCCGCACCUAAUCCUCCGAACUGCUCUUCCAUGUCCUUGCUGUCCGUCCUGAAUGCCAGACCGAGCCAAUGA